UAAGCUCCCUGGCAGCGCUUCACUGGUAGCUGUGAAACGAAACGCAGCCUCUGUCUGUGAGUAAGGGAAAGAGAGAGAAAAAGGAAAGAGGGUGGAUGAGCAAGACAGAGAGAGCUAGAGCAAAAGGGGAUCAGACACACUAAACAGUGGGUGAGACAGAUCCAGCAAAGGCUGGACAGAGACAGAUCAGGGCAGACAGGAGAAUGUCUCACCGGCUUCGGUUGUAUUUUGGAUCUGGUCGCAGUAACACUGCUCCAGAGUUGGAGCAGCUGAAUGGGACAGUGGAGGAGGAAGGUGACAGAAGCUACAGCAGUACAGGAGCCAUGGUGGUCCAUGCACAACCACAUAACGGAAGACUUGCAGAAAGUCCAGAACCAGCCACAGUUGUUGUUUCGGACACCUCUCUAAAGCGAAGCUCUUCUAUGUUCAUCCCACAGCUCCAGGGUCAAGCUGAGUCACGGACAACCAAGAGCACUUCUGUUCAAAUAUCUCUUCAACGCACAACUGCACCCCAAGAAGAUGCAUUACCCUUUGAUCCGCCUCCAGCGUACCCCCAGGAUCCAGCUCCACCAUACACUGAACCUGGUGAAAGUUUGCCCUUACCUCCACCCUACUACAAAUCCUGCCAAAAUGUGGAACGAACUCAAAAAGGUACUGAGCCUAAGAGGCAAGUCUUUUGUGUCCGGCCAUGUGAUGGUCAAAAUGGUUAUACCCAUGGAAAUCCUCAAGGGAUCACUAUUGGAGGUUUCUGUAUUAGAAGAAGAUCUGCAGAUGGCUCGGAUGUCCAGCAGUUAAGGAUCAUGCCAUAUAGCGAGGAUGGGCAGAAUGGGCACAAUUGGUCUGUCCAGCAAUGCUUAGACAGAGGUCCUGGUGCACAAAGACUAAUUUUUCAGCUUCAAAAGGACCAAGGACGACACCCAAGCUCUACCUCUCAGCCUGACGUGAGUGAUUUAGGCAUCACAGGUUCUAAAGGUUCCCGCUUGGUGCGGUACCCCAGGAUUCGACUUGAGCGGAGCACUUCACAGCCAUUGCAGCCUAGAGGAGCUCCUUCACGCCUUGGAUCCAUGCCAAACCUUCAUGCUCCUAUCUCAGAAAUGGAGACUGAGAGUGAUAUUGUUGAGAAUAGUGCUCAAGGCUGCACUUUCAAAAUUAGAAAGGAACAAAAUUCCCAACAACCGAAGUUUAAGAUUUAUUUCAGCCAGGGUGGCGAGCACAGUCCCAUCCUCGAACGGGAUAUUAGCAUUGGAAAGACGCCUACCUGCAGCAAUCCACAGGCUCACAUUGGUCUUGAUCGGCCCAAGAACGGUCAUUUCAACAAUGGUCAGACCAGAGAUGACUUCCUGGGGCAGGUGGAUGUGCCUCUCACGCACUUACCGACUGAAGACCCUGCCAUGGAGCGUCCAUACACAUUUAAAGACUUUCUCCUGCGUCCAAGAAGUCAUAAAUCUCGGGUGAAAGGUUACCUGAGGCUCAAGAUGGCCUACCUGCCAAAGAAUGGAGGACAUGAGGAGGAAAGUGGCGAAAUGAGAGAAGAGGCUGAGGGUUGGGAGGUGACAGACUCCACAGAUCCAGGAUCGCAGAGACCUCAGCAGCUCCUGCCUCCUCUUCCUCCGGGCUGGGAAGAGAAAGUUGAUAACCUGGGACGGACAUACUACGUGAACCACAACAACCGCACCACACAGUGGAAGAGGCCCAGCAGUGUGGAUGUGGUUUCAGAAACGGAAAAUGAUAAUCACUUGCGGCAGAUUAACCAGGAAGCCCACAGAGUUUUCCGCUCUCGGCGGCACAUUAGCGAAGACCUGGAAAAUGAGCAGCUGGACAUCAGGGACAUAGACGACUCAUGGGAGCCCAUAUCAGAGGAAGAUCCGACUUUAUUAACAGACGGUCUGAACCAUUCUCUGUCAGGACCAUCCUCCCUGGCAAUGCCCCUCUCCAGCACUCCCGAAUUCUCAGAUGAGAUCAGCCUUAGAUUGUCUCUCGCUCCAGACACCAAUGGAGAAAUCCCAGGACCCAGCUCUGCUGUGCAGAGUCAUCUUUCCUCUCGGCUACGCUCCUCUAGUAUGACUGAUGGAGUCAGUGAUCAAGCUCAACCUCCCACACCAACGCAGAGCUCCCAGACACGACGAGCAAGAGCACAAACCGUCACAGGCGUUGAGGACACCAUGUCUCCUUCGGCCUCCUACGCCUUGACCACGCCAGGCCUUCCACCAGGCUGGGAGGAACGCAAAGACCCCAAGGGACGAACGUACUACGUUAAUCAUAACAACCGUAGCACCACAUGGACACGGCCCAUUCUGCAGCAGCACACUGAGGAUGGAGCCAGCACCUCGGCUGCAGCAGUAGGGGGCGCUACAGCAGCUGCACCCCCUGCUUCCACCCCUUCCUCCUCCAGUGGCCAUCUAAGCGAACCACAAGUGCGCAGACCCCGUAGCCUCAGUUCCCCUACCGUCACUCUCUCUUCCCCACUAGAGGGAGCCAAUAACGUCCCGAUAAGGCGAGCCGUAAAGGACACAUUUUCCAACCCUCAGUCACCACAGCCUUCGCCCUACAGCUCACCCAAAUCCCAGCAUAAAGCCAACCAGAGCUUCCUGCCGCCGGGAUGGGAAAUGAGGAUCGCACCCAAUGGACGGCCCUUCUUCAUCGACCACAACAGCAGAACCACCACAUGGGAGGAUCCCCGCUUGAAGUAUCCCGUUCACAUGAGGACAAAAGCGUCUCUAGACCCGGGCGACCUCGGUCCACUUCCUCCUGGGUGGGAGGAACGAGUGCAUGCAGAUGGAAGAACCUUUUACAUCGACCACAACAACAAAAAAACGCAGUGGGAAGACCCUCGUCUCCAGAGUCCUGCCAUAACUGGACCCGCGGUGCCGUAUUCGAGAGAAUUCAAGCAGAAAUACGACUACUUCAGGAAGAAGUUAAAGAAACCGGCAGAUAUCCCCAACCGCUUUGAGAUGAAGCUGCACAGGAAUAACAUCUUCGAAGAGUCCUACAGACGAAUCAUGUCCCUCAAGAGACCUGACAGCCUGAAGGCCCGUCUGUGGAUUGAGUUCGAGUCAGAGAAGGGUCUGGAUUAUGGUGGUGUGGCCCGAGAAUGGUUCUUCCUGCUCUCCAAGGAGAUGUUCAACCCUUAUUAUGGGCUGUUCGAGUACUCGGCCACAGAUAACUACACCCUUCAGAUCAAUCCCAACUCUGGCCUGUGUAAUGAAGAUCACCUCUCAUACUUCAAGUUCAUUGGUCGAGUGGCCGGCAUGGCUGUUUAUCACGGCAAACUCUUGGAUGGUUUCUUCAUUCGACCGUUUUAUAAGAUGAUGCUGGGCAAACAGAUCACACUGAAUGACAUGGAGUCAGUGGACAGCGAAUACUACAACUCUCUGAAGUGGAUUCUGGAAAACGAUCCCACAGAACUAGACUUACGGUUCUGUAUUGACGAGGAUAACUUUGGACAGACAUAUCAGGUGGAUUUGAAGCCAAGCGGAUCAGACAUGGUUGUAACCAACGACAACAAGAAAGAAUACAUCGAUCUGGUGAUUCAGUGGCGGUUUGUGAACAGGGUCCAGAAACAGAUGAACGCCUUUUUGGAAGGCUUCACUGAACUCAUUCCCAUCGACUUAAUAAAGAUUUUUGACGAAAACGAACUGGAGCUGUUGAUGUGUGGUCUGGGAGAUGUGGAUGUCAAUGACUGGAGGCAACACACUGUCUAUAAGAACGGCUACUGUCCAAAUCACCCCGUCAUCCAGUGGUUCUGGAAGGCUGUGUUGUUAAUGGAUGCAGAAAAGCGCAUCAGGCUUCUGCAGUUUGUCACCGGAACAUCCAGAGUGCCAAUGAACGGCUUUGCUGAACUCUAUGGUUCCAACGGGCCGCAGUUGUUUACUAUUGAGCAGUGGGGAACUCCUGACAAACUCCCUCGGGCUCACACCUGCUUUAAUCGCUUGGACCUCCCAAUGUACGAGACGUUUGAAGACCUACGAGAGAAGCUUCUGAUGGCGGUGGAAAACGCUCAAGGCUUUGAGGGUGUCGAUUAAAGAACCCCCCCCUUUUUUUUUUUGUUUUAUACACCUGAUCUCCCAAUGCAACCGACGAGCAAAGACAUGUACAACACACACAUAUCUAAACUCACAUACACUCUCUCUCUCUCUCUCGAGUUGCCAUUGUACAGCCAGAUCGCAGCGGCCGCAGGUGUGUGUGAUGUCAGCAGUAUAUGCAUGUAUCUGUCUAGCUGGAACGGCAUUAGCUGUCAACCCUGUCAAACAACCAGUCCUGCAGUAUGUCAUGAUCUUUCCUGGCAAAAUCACAAUCUUUCCUGACAUGUUUUAUUUUUAAAUCCGGCUAUGGAUUCUAAACUCCAGUAUUCGAAGCCCCCAGUGGGUGUGGCCUCAGAAUGGGCGUGGCCUUGAUCCAGCAUUAAAAACCACCCUUUUUUGCAUUACAUUUAGCGAAGUGGCAACAACGAACUUUCUUAUCAGGUUUAACUAACACCAGAUUACCUUAGGAAUCACAGCCAGGAUGAAGGUCCCAAUCCUCAUCCUCCCUUAUCCCACAAAGUACGCCAAGUUUCCUUCCUUUCUUGGUCGAGGAUUAUUUUUUUAUCGUCUUUCGCAACGCCAAGAAGCAAGCAGUUGUUUUUAAUAGUUUAUUAUUCUCACUGUUAUUAUAAUUAUCUUACGGAGUAAACGGAUAUUUGUACCAACAAUGUGGUUUACUAUUUUAAACGACAACAAUAUCAGAAAUGCAUCAGUGGCCUGGCUAUAUUCAAAAUUCAUAUCAUCGUGGGUAAAAAAAGAAAAGACAAAAAAAAAAACCUUGAUCGACAUGAUUAUUGUAUUGCUAUGAAAACUGGCAUGCACAUGUAUCUUGUGUUUCAAUAUGAUUGCGUAGUAAUUCUAAAGCUAUUCUUCUCGGUUCAGAGCAAAGAUCGACAAAGUGGUUUUGUCGGAGAGGGUUUUCUUCAAUUGUAAAAGUAUUGUUCUUAUCUUUAUUAUGAUUAUACUUGUUCAUAAUGCUGUAAAUGAGUUUGUUUCUGGGAAAGAAGCGGUUGGACUCUUUUACUGUACGUGUUUGAAGUAUUAAAGAGCGACACAGAGUGAAGCUAUCUUAAAAAAAAGCGCUGUGAUUCAACACUGCAAGUCUUGUAGACUUUCAGGUCGUAAACUUUUCUUCUUUCGGUCUUUCUUUCUUUCUUUCUUUCUUUCUUAUUUCUUUUAACACCACUGUACCUAAAAGGGCACUUUAUUGAUCACACACUAGGGUCAUAACACGUUUAUUUGUGAACUUGAAUGUGAUUAUCUAUUUUUUUCUUUUAUAUGCACUCAUUUACUUGGUGCAAUAUCUAUUGUUUAUAAUCGGCCUGCUGCUAACAUAUCAGAUUACAGCUCGUCCCUACAGUAGAUCUGGAGUCACUCUGCUUCCGUAUGAACUUGAAGUCACUUCGGUUCUUCAGUAUGAAUUUGCAGUCACAUUGCUUCUUCAGUGUGAAUCUAGAAUCACUUAUUGUUCAUCAAUGUGAAUCUGGAGUCUCUCUGGUUCUUUAGUGUGAAUCUAGAAUCACCUUUUGUUCAUCAUUGUGAAUCUAGUGUCUCUCUGGUUCUGCAGUGUAACUCUACUGUGACAUCAGUUCAUCAAUGUGAAUCUGGAGUCUCUGGUUGUUUAGUUUGAAUCUAGAAUCACUUUUUGUUCAUCAUUGUGAAUCUGGAGUCUCUCUGGUUCUUUAAUCGGGAUCUACAAUCCCUAUGUUUCAUCAACUAGAAUCCAGAGUCUCCAGUUUUUUAGUGUGAAUCUAGAAUCACUUUGGUUCAUCAAUGUGAAGUUGGAGUCUCUAGUUAUUUAGUGUGAAUUUAGAAUCACUUUGAUUCACCAUAGUGAAUCUGGGGUCUCACUGGUUCUUUAUUGUGAAUCUGGAGCCUCUAGUUCUUUGGUGUGACACUAAAAUCACUUUGGCUUAUCGAUGUGAAACCAGAGUUGCUCUAGAUUCAGAGGGACUUCAGAUUCACACUGAAGAACCAUAGUAACUGCUUUUACAAUGUAAACCUAGAGUCACUCUGCUUCUACUUUGUGAAUCCAGAGUCGUGUUGAUUCAUCGAUGUGCAUCAAGAUUUGCUCUGGUUUUUCAGUGUGAGUUUGGAAUCUGUAGGAACAAUCUGUAGGACUUAAAUCUCACUCUUUUUUCUUUGUUCUUUUCCAGUCUUUUAUCUGUACACCUCCCCACUCACACGUUUCGGGCCGCUGUGGCUCUGUAGAUUUGUGAUAAUAUUAUGAUUAUUGUUAUAAAUUACCCUUCCUCUUUUGUAGAGACAGUUCUUUUUUUAUUGAUGAGGAACAUUUACUGUCUGGUUCCUGCUCAACAUAAGAUCUUGCGAUUCGUAUAACUUGGUUCAAAAUAAACUGAUAAAUGGUA